AUGUUCACUGAUGAUCUCGAAACCGGUUUUCGAGGCAUGUUCUCAAAGGCAAAAUUUGCCGAAGCAAUUGUGAAGGAUCACAAUAGCCGACAGAAACAGAAGGACUCGGAGCAGAAGGACCUUCCCAAAGCUCCAAGCUCAGCCAUUCAGAAUGUCCGGAAGCGAGCCAUUCUUCGAGAUUGGCCUCGAGAUCCCAAGGGCCCCGUCAUGAAAUCGACACCUCCUGGUAAAUUCGCAGGUAAUAACCAGCCUUUGUGGGGUGCCACUGUACUGGAUUUUUUCCGCACGAUGCGUAUACCGGAUUGUCCAUAUCUAUCGACGAUCUCUACUGGGAGCAAGCUCUGUGCAUGGAUGAAAGAGAUUGGAGAGCUUGAGCAUGCGAAAGACGAGAUCGCCUGGGCUGAGCAGGAGGCGGAACCUGAGGAGCUAUUCCCAUGUGAUAUGGCACUGAUACUCAGGGAUGAUGACCAUCGACCACCUUUCAUACAAAAAGGGUUCGAUGAAAAGUUUAAAAUCGAAGGAGGCAGAAUUUCCGCCCAGCGCUACGUUCACUUCCAAAACCGUCUUCCACUUCAUUUACUUCCCGAGAAAUUAAUCGUUCAUGAUCCGGACGAUACUCUGCAUGUCCAUCCUGGUAACUGCCGACCCGCUGAAGAACGCUCUAUUCCCCGCACCUACAAGCUUCAUCUCACCCAAGAGACUCGAGACGCCAUUACUAAGGAACGAGCAAAGCUCAGCGCGGCUGCUAAAGACAAACCCAGGGAAGGUCGUAUUUAUGCCACCGCUUCCGAGGAAAUCAGGACUGGCAAAGUGAAGGAAGGUCCAGUCAUUGAAGCGACUUUCGCAGUGUUCCCCCGUGCCCCACCUACACCUCUUUCUACUCCCGAAGCUCACCUGUACAUCAAUUCUCACGACCGCCUUGGCGAAGGUCACCACUCGUAUGUCUAUCGUGUUGCGUGGGAGAUUCCACGCAGCCUGGUAAUGGAACCGUCCCUCUGUGAAACAUGCAUCCAGGAGGCGCUCUUCAAAAAGCUCAGAGAGGAAGAACCCGAAGCGAAGAUCGACGAGACGCAGCCUCUUGAUAUGCAGAUCGAGGACCUGAUGAUAGCUAUCGCUACGAAGCACGGGAGGCAGGGAAAGAUGUGGAUCGAGGAAAGGAUGAGGCCUGGCGAGGCGGUCAAGAUUCCCCACGAAGAGAUACGUAACCAAGCCCCGACAACGUUCAAAGUCAGCGUCGGAGCCAAACUUUCUGUUCAGAACGACGGCCAUCUCGAACGCGAGGCGAGGAACUACCAAAAAUUCCCCGAGCAUUUCUUCCAGCACUGGAGCGGGUAUAAUGUUAUUGAUCCCCUUCACGAUCCUACGCCUGCGCUUGCGGUCGUACCUCAGUUUUACGGCUAUUAUGUUCCGGAGGAGGGUGAAGCGAAAGAAGGGGAAUACCUCAGUCCAAUUAUGCUCCUGGAAGAUUGCGGCACGCCUGUCAACGUCAACGAGCUGGACAUAGAUGACCGACACGAAUGCGCUUCUUUACUCUUCCGCAUGCAUUGCGAGGGGUGGCUGCACAACUCGUUCUUCCCAAGGAACAUCCUCAUGCAGCACGGCGACAUGACUGAUUGGCCGAUCUUCCGGAAGAAAGAAGAUCGACGCUUCCGUCUCAUAGAUUUCGGACGAUCGCAGUAUUUUCCUCCCGGGGAGUCCAGGAGGAACUUUGGGAAUUCGAGAUCCGUAGAAGAGAUGGAAUGCCAGAAGAUGUUAGAUUAUUAA